AUGGGGGAUGUGAAUCAAUCAGUGACCUCUGACUUCCUUUUGGUGAGCCUCUUCAGUCGCUCAGGGUCACCUCAGCUACUCUUCCCCCUGGUGGCUGCCAUGUUUAUCAUGGGCCUUCUGAGCAACACUGUCCUGCUCUUCCUGAUCUGCAUGGACUCCCGGCUCCACACACCCAUGUACUUUAUGCUCAGUCAACUUUCCUUGUUUGAUGUUGGAUUCCCCCUCGUUACCAUCCCCAAGAUGGCAUCAGACUUCCUGCAGGAAGAAGGUUCCAUCUCCUUCGGGGGGUGCGCAGCUCAAAUAUUCUUCCUUACAAUGAUGGGUGUAGCUGAGGGCAUCCUGUUGGCCCUCAUGUCCUAUGACCGUUAUGUUGCUGUGUGCCACCCCCUGCAGUAUCCUGUACUUAUGAGGCACCAGGUGUGCCUACUCAUGGUGGGCUGUUCCUGGCUGGCAGGUGUGCUCAAUGCCUCCAUUCAGACCUCCAUCACUCUGCAGUUCUCCUACUGUGCCUCCCGCAUUGUAGACCACUUCUUCUGCGAAGUGCCAGCCCUACUAAAGCUCUCCUGUGCAGACACUUCUGCCUAUGAGUUGGCACUGUCAGUCUCUGGGGUGCUGAUCCUUGUUCUCCCCCUUUCCCUUAUUGUCACCUCUUACGGCCAUGUGUUGGGGGCUGUUCUACACAUGCGUUCAGAGGAGGCCCGAAACAAGGCUUUCACCACAUGCUCCUCACACAUCACAGUCGUGGGGCUCUUUUAUGGUGCAGCCGUGUUCAUGUACAUGGUACCAGGUGCCUACCACAGCCCACAGCAGGACAACGUGGCCUCCCUCUUCUACAGCCUAGUCACCCCAAUGCUUAACCCCCUCAUCUACAGUCUGAGGAACCAGGAGGUGCGAAUGGCUUUGGUUAAAGUGCUCAGCAGAGCUGGAGUCAGGCCAAAGUGGUGA